AUGAGAGCUGGCAAAGGCAAAAUGAGAAACCCUCGCCGUAUCCAGCGCAGGGGACCCUGCAUCAUCUAUAAUGAAGACAAUGGUAUCAUCAAGGCCUUCAGAAACAUCCCUGGAAUUACUCUGCUUAAUGUAAGCAAGCUGAACAUUUUGAAACUUGCUCCUGGUGGUCAUGUGGGACGUUUCUGCAUUUGGACUGAAAGUGCUUUCCGAAAGUCAGAUGAGCUCUAUGGCACUUGGCGUGAAGCAGCCUCCCUCAAGAGUAACUGCAACCUCCCCAUGCACAAGAUGCUCAAUACAGACCUUAGCAGAAUCUUGAGAAGCCCAGAAAUUCAAAGAGCACUCCGAGCACCACGCAAGAAGAUUCAUCGCAGUGUCCUGAAGAAGAAUCCACUGAAAACCCUGAGAAUCAUGUUGAAGCUUAACCCAUACGCAAAGACCAUGCACUGGAACACCAUUCUUCAACAGGCCAAGAACCACAAAAUCCACAUGGAUAAAGCAGCAGCAGCACUAGAAGCCAAAUCAGAUCAGAAGGGGGUUGAGGGCAAGAAGCCUGUGGUGGGAAACAAAGAAAAGAAGGCUGUUGGUGACAAGAAGCUGAAGAAGCCUGCAGUGGGGAAAAAGGCUGCAGCGACCAAGAAACCAGCAGCUGAAAAGGAACCCACAGAAAAGAAACCCACCUCAGAGGAAAAGAAGGCUGCUGCAUAA